AAUCGCAGCAGGAGCAGGUGGAGCCGCGGCAGGAGCCCGCCGGGCCGAGCAGAGGGAGGCGGCGGGCCCGGCCGGGGCCAUGGAGCUACCACGGCUGAACCGGAGCGUGCUGGGAUCCGGACCCGGGCCGGGGGCUUCUCUGUGCCGUCCUGGGGGCCUCCUCCUCAACAGCAGCAGUGCUGGCAACCACAGCUGCGAGCCCCCUCGCAUCCGCGGAGCCGGGACACGAGAAUUGGAGCUGGCCAUUAGGGUAACUCUUUACGCAGUGAUCUUUCUGAUGAGUGUUGGAGGAAACGUACUCAUCAUCGUGGUCCUGGGGCUGAGCAGACGCCUGCGAACGGUCACCAACGCCUUCCUGCUCUCACUGGCAGUCAGCGACCUCCUGCUGGCUGUGGCUUGCAUGCCCUUCACCCUCCUGCCCAAUCUCAUGGGCACAUUCAUCUUUGGCACAGUCGUCUGCAAAGCGGUUUCCUACCUCAUGGGGGUAUCUGUGAGUGUGUCCACGCUGAGCCUGGUGGCCAUCGCCCUGGAGCGGUACAGCGCCAUCUGCCGGCCACUGCAGGCGCGUGUGUGGCAGACGCGCUCCCACGCCGCUCGAGUGAUCGUAGCCACGUGGCUGUUGUCCGGACUGCUCAUGGUGCCCUACCCCGUGUACACCGUCGUGCAGCCAGCGGGGCCCCGUGUGCUGCAGUGCAUGCACCGCUGGCCCAGUGCGCGGGUCCGCCAGACCUGGUCGGUACUGCUGCUCCUGCUCUUGUUCUUCAUCCCAGGUGUGGUUAUGGCCGUGGCCUACGGGCUCAUCUCCCGCGAGCUCUACUUGGGCCUUCGCUUUGACGGUGACAGUGACAGUGACAGCCAGAGCCGGGUCCGAAGCCAAGGAGAGUUGCCAGGUCCUGCCAACCGGAACGGACGCUGCGGGCCCGAGACCGGGCUGGCUGGCGAGGACGGCGAUGGCUGCUACGUACAGCUUCCGCGCUCCCGGCCUGCACUGGAGCUGUCGGCGCUGACCGCGCCUGCUCCCGGGCCUGGACCCUGCUCCCGGCCUUCCCAGGCCAAGCUGCUGGCUAAGAAGCGCGUGGUGCGGAUGUUGCUGGUGAUUGUUGUGCUUUUUUUCCUGUGUUGGUUGCCAGUGUACAGCGCCAACACAUGGCGCGCCUUCGACGGCCCUGGUGCACUCCGCGCGCUCUCGGGCGCCCCAAUCUCCUUUAUCCACUUGCUGAGCUACGCCUCAGCCUGUGUCAACCCCCUAGUCUACUGCUUCAUGCACCGUCGUUUUCGUCAGGCCUGCCUCGACACGUGUGCCCGCUGCUGUCCCCGGCCUCCACGAGCUCACCCCAGGCCUCUUCCAGACGAGGACCCUCCCACCCCUUCCAUUGCUUCGCUGUCCAGGCUGAGCUACACCACCAUCAGCACGCUUGGGCCUGGCUGAGCGGUGGAGGGGGAGUGGAGGCUGAUGCCUACAAGCAGGACCCAUCCAGACACACAAGGAACACUGACACCAGACGUCAUGAACUAAUCCCAACGCACAGGAAAAGGUGGCUUACCUGACACAAAGGAAAUAAGAACAGACCCCACACCGAAAAAGAGGCACACUCCUGAUGUGGCACUGACCCUGGACAUCCACAGUCACAGUUCCUAGCAGGGGACCAUCCCUAUACAAUGGGAAUGCCAACAGGGGCUGACAUGCCUCUCAUACACAUACAGUAAUGGCACUGAUUCUUUUAGGGGAUACAGAUCCUGACACAGGACUGAUUCCUGGGAUGCCCCAGGCUACCGCUGGUUUGACCACACAGUGCCCUUCCCCAUCCAGCUCGGAAAACACCAAAAAGUCUAAUCUUACCCCAGCCUUUCAGUUUGCACUGAAAAGCCCCUUCAUCCCUUUCCAGUUAAGGACUGUGGCCCUGCCCCUUCCUCCCUCAUUGGGCCUCUUCAAGAAAUAAUAAAUGACUUGGCUUCCA